GCUUAUUAGAAGGCAGAAUACCAAUAUUGGCCUUCAUUUCUACGAAUUGCGUUGGCUCCCUCCAAUCCAUGAGCAAAACAGAAAGUCAGAAACUCAACGCAGUUUUGGCUGAGAGCAACGAUUCAACAAAAUCGCACAUUUCGAAGAACACGCUUCAUGUUUGCGCGCGCGUCUCAGCGCCGUUCCUCCUCAAUCUUCGUUACCAUCGCUUUCACAUUCUAUAUCGAUUCUCUUUAAUUUGCCGUUCGUUUUUUUCCAUUUCCUUCCAUGAUCGCAGCGCCAUUUGUUAAUACGUUGCCAUGAGAAGCAGCGAGAGCUUCCAUUUUAUUCAUUACUCUUUCUCAUCAUGGCGAGGUUCAUCCCCGGGUUCGCAUUACCUAUGCUCCUUCUAACAGCUUCUUUACUUAACUGGAGUCUCAUAUCUUUGCUUAAUUUGUUAGCAUUCCUUUUCAUUCAGUACACUGCGCCUAGAAAGGGCACUCGUUUCCAUUCACAAUAUUCAAUAUCGCGGUCCAUCCUUAUACUGUCGUCUUUGACACUACUAUCACAUGCCAUAUUUCACAUUGUUUUGACCAUUGAGGGAGAUCGGUGGAGUACUGCCGAUGCUCAAUGGGCUCGGCUAAUUGGAUUAAUAAGAGUGCAAUCAUGGAGGUCAUUGCCCCAAGAGUACUUCUUGGUCAUGCAAGCAUUAAUGACCUUUCUUUCUCUAUUUGAGAUCUAUGGAAAUCGCGUUGGUCAAGAUGCAUGGAGAGAUUUUCAUUCUGGAGUUCUAUGUUCUUAUUUGCUGCUGAUAGGAUCUCAUCUCAGGGCCUUGUGCUUCUUACUGUUGCCAGCUAUACAACUAAUUGCUGGGAUUAGUCAUGCGUCUUGGGUUUCUUUUCCUUUUUUCAUUUGUAUUAGUAUAGGGCUAGUUGAUUGGUCAUGGAGGAGCAAUUAUUUAGGUAUCUUUUGGUGGUGGAGAUUCCUUUUCUUUUAUGCUGGCUUCAAUAUCAUCAUGAUGUACAUAUACCAACUUCCUAUUGAGCUCCCCGAGACAUUAAGGUUGAUUCUUUUCCACUUUGGACUGUUCAAACUUACCGCAAAAUCAGAAUGGUCAGAAGUUUGCUCAGGUCUAUCACUUCUACUUUUCUACAUUAUGCUAUCCUGGAUUAGAAGUGAGCUAGCUGAACUAGAAAUCAUCACAUCAACAAGAGAAAGCAGUGACUUGACUGAGCAACUUCUUCCUAAAAUGAAUUCUCAGUUUGUUCACGAGUCAAGGUCUGGAGCAAAGCAUAUGAAUUUCUUGUUGCAAGGAGCUAUUUCUCAGUCGUUUUUUAUUAACUUUUUAACAUAUGGUUUUCCGAUUUCCUUGCUGGCUCUAACAUAUUGGGGUUUCCACUUUGCAAGUCUGUGCUCAUUUGGAUUACUUGCUUAUGUGGGAUAUGUAUUGUACGCUUUCCCGUCCAUGUUACGGCUGCACCAACUGAAUGCUGUGCUUCUCGUUUUCAUUCUUCUAUGGGCAGCUAGCACGUAUAUUUUCAAUGUAGCAUUCAAUGUAUCAAGUGAUCACAAAGUAUGGAAGGAUAUGGAAAUAUGGGAAACUAUAGGCUUGUGGCAUUACUCCACCCCAGGAUACUAUUUGCUAGCCCAGUUUGGUCUAGGUUUUCUUGUUGCUUUAUGUGAUCUAGUGAACAGUUCAGUGUUGUUGUGCAUUACUGAUCAUGGACAGUUAACAACUCAAGAAUCCGUUGUGGAAGAGGAAGAGGAUGCUGCAAUAUUAAUAUUGGCUACAAUAGUUUGGGGACUACGCAAGUGCUCACAUGUUAUAAUACUAAUAUUGAUAUUUCUCAUAGCAAUAAGGCCUGGUCUCAUCCACACUGUGUAUAUGGUUUUCUUUUUAAUUUAUCUCUUGAGUGAAACAAUAAAUAGUCAAUUACGCCAAGCUAUUAUCCUUUUAUGCGAGGCGCACUUUGCAAUUCAAUUCAUUCUUCAACUUGAUCUGAUCUCCAAAACUUUGGAUCAGAAUGGUUCAUACUCUCUUCAGAUUCUCUCAAAAUUAGGCUUGGUUACUGAUAUCCAUUCGCUGGAUCUCUUCAAAAUAUCAAUUCUUGCUUUCUUUUGUGCAAUACACAAUCAUGGGCUCCAAACACUCAUUUUAUUUUCAGCCAUUGUACAGCAGACAUCUUGCCCUCCUUUCGGGUUUAGCAUCUUGAGAGCUGGCUUGAUGAAUCCUGUUAAUUUAUCCAGUUGUACUCUGAGAUCUGAGGCAAUAAGGAUAUCGUAUUUGAACGUCAUAAGAAAAAAAUCCCUCUGUGUUUAUCGGGCUUGUGGCAAAUACGUUGCCUUUCUGACAGUUCUCUUCAGCGUAUACCUUUGCACACCCAACUAUGCUUCGUUUGGUUAUUUGUUCUUUCUUCUACUGUGGAUAAGUGGAAGACAACUUUUGGGACAAACAACAAAGCAUCUUUGGUUUCCAAUGAAAGUGUAUUCUGUAACGGUCUUUGUUUGUAUUUACUGCAUUGGUGUAUUUUCCAGCUCUAAGAUUUUGUUUCCCGGUGUUGUUAAUCUUCAAACUGCAUUUGGCUACAACCCUGCAGCUUCAAUGUUGCGAAACAUCUUUGAAUCCUUGGCUAUAUUGGUUGUGAUGCAACUAUAUAGCUACGAAAGGCGGAGGAGCAAACGUUUGGGAUUAAGUGGCUAUAAUGCACAAAGAGUAGGGAAUUUCACUUUUACUAGACGUCUUUUGGUUCGGCAUGCUGAUAAAAUCUUAUCUCUGGCUUUGUUUUAUGCAUCACUCACACCGAUAAGUGCAUUUGGUUUCCUGUAUCUUGUUGGGUUGGUUAACUAUUCAAGGUUACCAAAGUCCUCUCAGAUCCCUGCAAAAUUAUUUCUAGUUUAUUCAGGAUUCCUUGCAAUGGUUGAAUAUCUUUUCCAGAUAUGGGGAGCUCAAGCGCAUUCAUGGGUAUCAUUAUUUAUGGGCUUACAGUUGUAUAAGCCUGGUUUUAAAGGUUUAGAAUCUGGGCUAAGGGGAAAGGUUGUGGUAAUUGUAGCAUGUAUACUUCAAUACAAUGUUUUUCGUUGGUUGGAGAGGACGCCACAUUUUAAUGGAAACAGAGAAGAAUGGGAUGAGCCUUGUCCUCUAUUCAACAUAGUAGAUGUACCUACUGAACCUAUUCCAUGUACCCCUAGAAACAACCUAUUGGAAAACCCUACAUCAACAAUCAAACAGGUUGCAAGAAGUCAUUCAUGGCCGAAAGUGAACUCUGCAUUAUCCCAAGGGCAAGGGCAAGGGCAAGGGCAAGAUUCAGGAAAUGAAAGAGACAGUGUCAAAAAAGUUCAACAUAUUCAUUUCUGGGAGAGUUCUAAGGAUAGCUUCAAGUGGAAUAGAAAGCGAAUUCUUUUUUUGAGAAAAGAGAGAUUGGAGAUGCAGAAGACUGUGUUAAAAGUAUGUCUGAAGUUCUGGAUAGAGAACAUCUUCAAUUUAUUUGGUCUUGAAAUCAACAUGAUUGCUUUGCUUCUUGCAAGUUUUGCAGUGUUGAACGCCAUCUCCUUGCUCUACAUAGCAUCACUUGCUGCUUGUGUUCUUUUAAAUCGUUUAGUUAUUAAAAAACUAUGGCAUGUUUUCGUUUUUCUAUUUGCUACCAUUAUCACUGUUGAAUACUUGGCUAUCUGGAUGCACCUGGCUUUUUUGAACCACCAGACUAAAGGACAAGUGGCAUGCCAUGACUGUUGGAGGGUAUCAAAUAUAUAUUUCAGCUUCUGCAAUAAGUGCUGGCUAGGAAUCAUUGUUGACGAUCCCCGUAUGCUUAUCAGCUAUUAUGGAGUUUUCAUGCUUUCAUGUUUGAAAUUCCGUGCUGAUCAUUCAUCUACUCUCACUGGGUUGGAUAUGUAUAGAAAGAUGCUCUCUCAAUGGAAGUCUGCAUCUAUACUAAAUGAUCUCUCAUUUGAAACAAAAGCAUAUUGGACAUUUCUUGACCACCUGAGGCUUUAUGGUUACUGUCACUUGCUAGAUUUUGUUCUUUCAUUAGUUUUGAUUACAGGAACUCUUGAAUAUGAUGUUUUGCAUCUUGGCUACCUUGCUUUUGCUCUGGCUUUCCUCCGAAAGAGGAUGAAAAUACUAAAGAAGGGAAAUUUAAUUUUUAGAUUUUUGAGGAUGUAUAAUUUUCUGGUUAUUGUCUUGUCUCUAGCAUAUCAAUCUCCCUUAUUUGGUCACCUUAGAAAGAUAACAUACGGUUCCAUUACAAUAGAGAGCAUCAGUGAACUGGUUGGGUUUCACAAGUAUGAUUAUGGGUUUCGAAUUACAUCAAGAUCAGCAUUAGUGGAAAUCGUCAUAUUCAUGUUGGUAUCACUACAAUCAUACAUGUUUUCAUUCCCAGAGUUUGAUUAUGUUCCAAAGUACCUUGAAAAAGAGCAGAUUGGUGCAAUAGUUCAACAGCAGGAAAAGAAAGCUGCCUGCAAGACAGCUCAGUUGCGGCACAAACAGAGAACUGAAGAAAUGAAGCAUCUCCGAAGCUUGCAGGUAGAAAAGAUGAAAUCGGAGAUGUCAAACCUUCAACAUCAUAAUUUGAGCACUGAAGCUAACUGUAGUAAUACUUCUCUCGAUUAUGAUGGCUUACGAGAGAGAGGAAAUUCUUCUCUCGAUAAUAAUAGGGACAAUGAAUUGAAGAAGGACAUCAGUCUCAGUAAUGAGCCAGCAGACCCCUUUGACAUGAACGAAUCUUUAACUAGUGAAAAAUAUCCAAGUCGAUUGGGACCAGAAUCUUGGAAACAGCCAGUGAGUACUCCUCGUGGAACUUAUGACGUAAAGGAAAGAGCUAAUGGCAGUGAUUAUUUUUAUUCUGAUAGGAGUCGUUAUAAAAUUCCAGUCAGGAAAAAUGCUUUACUUUCAGCUGUACAUCUCUUAGGGAGUGGGGUAUCUCAAGUGCAGUCUCUUGGAAACUUGGCAGUUAACAGUUUACUGAACUAUUUGAAGAUAGAACACGAAGAACUUGAAUCUAACAAUGAUUCUUCGGAGGAUGAGGAAUAUUAUGAAAUUGAGAAUUUGAAUCUGGGAGCGGAACCUCUAGAAGCUACAAUGUCCACCCACACUAUUUAUGAACAUACAAUGCCAGAUAGUGCUUGGCUCCGAAUCGGUAUUAUUCUCCGUCACUUUUGGUCCCGAAUGAGGUCAAAUAAUGACGUUGUCUGCUAUUGCUGUUUCAUUCUAUUAUAUCUAUGGUACUUCAGUUUGCUUUCUGUGGUCUAUCUAGCAGCUCUCUUCUUAUAUGCUCUCUGUCAAAAUACUGGCCCCAGUUACAGAUUCUGGGUUGUCAUCCUCAUUUAUACAGAGGUCUGCAUUUUGCUUCAAUAUUUAUAUCGAAUCAUCACUGAACACUGUCAGUUUGAAUUCCCUGUGAGCUUACUUCAACAAUUAGGAUUUCCUGUGAGAAAAAUAACAUCAUCUUUUGUGACAAGCAACUUACCUUUCUUUCUGGUAUAUAUAUUCACCCUCUUGCAAACCUCCCUAACUGUGAAGAAUGGUGGCUGGACAAUUGCUGUGGAUAGCAGAUUCUAUAAGAGAAUAAAUCAGAGCUACAUAGAGGAUUUAAAGGGAUCCUCCUUCCAUGUUAGAUUACUGAGAUUAUUGUUACCUUUGAAAAAUGCGAUGAAACUAUUAACUAGACGACUCUGUAGGUAUUGGAGAUCAGUAACAUCAGGUGCAGAAACACCUCCUUACUUUGUGCAGUUGUCUAUGGAAGUUAUCUCAUGGCCUAGAGAUGGAAUUCAGCCAAAGAGAAUUGAAUCAAGAAUGAAUAAGUUGCUGAAGAUCUUGCAUUACAGGAGAUGCAGAGAGGAGAAGCUUUUUAAGUUGCACUCAGCAAGUAGGGUUCGCAUUCAGAGCAUUGAAAAGAGUGAAGAGUGUGAAAAUGUGUGUCAUGUUGUUUUUGAGGUAAUAUAUGCCUCCCCUCCAAUUGAAUUUGUUGCUGAAGAAUGGUACAGUUCAUUGACUCCGGCUGCAGAUGUUUCCGACGAGAUCCAGAAAGCUCAACACGAUGGCAUUUUUAAUGAAAUUGGUUUUCCGUAUCGAGUAGUUUCCAUCAUUGGUGGUGGGAAAAGGGAAAUUGAUCUGUAUGCCUAUAUCUUUGGAGCUGAUUUGGUUGUUUUCUUCUUAGUUGCUAUUUUUUAUCAGUUAAUUAUGAAAGCUAACAGUGAGUUUCUUGAAGUCUAUCAGCUUGAAGAUCAGUUCCCAGAAGAUUUUGUUUUAGUUUUGAUGGUUGUCUUUUUCUUGAUCGUACUUGAUCGCAUCAUAUACCUAUGUUCAUUUGCAACAGUGAAGGUUAUUUUGUAUUUAUUCAACCUUGUUCUCUUCACAUAUUCAGUCACAAAAUAUGCCUGGGACAUGGAUCCUUUGCACAGAUAUGCUGGAAGACUAGCACUUCGUGCCAUUUAUUUCACAAAAGCAAUUUCUCUGGUUUUGCAAGCAAUGCAAAUCCAUAUUGGUGUUCCACACAAAAGCACCUUGUACAGGCAGUUUUUGACCAGUAAUGUUUCCCGGAUUAACUUUUUUGGCUUUCGACUCUAUCGUGCUCUACCUUUUCUUUAUGAAUUGAGAUGCGUGCUAGAUUGGUCUUGUACGACGACAUCUCUGACCAUGUAUGACUGGCUGAAGCUGGAAGAUAUUCAUGCUAGCUUGUUUCUUGUCAAAUGUGACGUGGAUUUGAAUAGAUCCACUCAUCAACAAGGACAAAAGCAAUCAAAAAUGACAAAGUUCUGCAAUGGGAUAUGUCUAUUCUGGGUUUUAUUGUGCGUCAUAUGGGCUCCUAUGCUGAUGUAUAGCAGCGGCAACCCAACAAACAUUGCCAACCCAAUCAAAGAUGCUAGUGCCCGGCUUGAUAUACAGACAAUAACUGGAAGGUUGACAUUGUUCGAGACAACCUUAUGCGAGAAGAUAUCUUGGGAAAAUAUUGAAGGACGUGAUACUUUGGAUCCUCUGGGUCUCCUUAGUGCGUACAAUGAGAAAGACAUCCAACUAAUUUGCUGCCAAUCAGAUGCUAGUACUGUGUGGCUUGUUCCACCUGUUGUGAAGGCCAGAUUCAUAAAGUCCAUCAGGUGGAACAUGGACAUCACUUUCUCCUGGCAAUUUACCAGAGAUAGACCCAGAGGAAAAGAACUAGUGAAAUAUGAAAUACCCAUAAUGUCUGAGGAUCUUCCAGAUAAUUCAGAAGUGAUUAAUGUUUUUAAUGGUACCUCCAACAGUUUCACAGUAUUCAAUAUCUACCCCAGAUAUUUUCGGGUCACAGGCUCAGGGGACGUGCGUUCUCUUGAUCAACAGUCGGAGGAGGUUAGUGCAGAUCUUGUUCUCAACCGGGGGAAUCCAGAGUGGUGGUCUUUUUAUGAUAUUGAUAUCUCAGAUAGACACGGAUGUGGAGAGUUCCCAGGACCAAUAGCCAUAAUUGUAUCUGAAGAAACUCCCCAGGGCAUUAUCGGAGAUACUCUCAGCAAGUUCAGCAUUUGGGGACUGUACAUUACCUUUGUGCUUGCAGUUGGACGUUUUAUCAGAUUACAGUGUUCAGACUUGCGAAUGAGAAUUCCUUUUGAGAACCUGCCUUCAUGUGAGAGGUUGAUGGCAAUAUGUGAAGAUAUAUAUGCUGCAAGAGCCGCAGGAGAUCUUGAUGUGGAAGAGGUUCUGUAUUGGACACUUGUUAAAAUUUACCGCACGCCACACAUGCUUUUGGGGUAUACUCAGCCUGACUACUAGUUCUAGAUUCUUGCAAGAGUUGUCACAUCUUAAAUGUCAUGGACAUCAACUCCAUAGCAAUUCAAACGCCAAGCAUGAGGAGCACAUGCGUGAAAAAAAGGCUGCUUCACCAUGUCCAUAUGAAUCUCGAGUUCGCGCUGGGAUUCCAUGAUUAUUACUGAUUAUGAGUGUGCUUUACUGCUUUUGGUUCUAUGGGUAUUGCUUUGCUUGCUUGCUUAGUUCAACAAUAACUAAAGCUCGCAUACAACAAGCUUGUCUAUAGUUAAUGUAAUGUGAAAUUUUGGGUGGUUCCUUCCAAGUUGCGUCCCUUAAAUUAUGGGGGUGUAUGCCAUAUCAUAUUUUUCUUUCACUGAGUACCAAAAUAAGUAAAUAACUACUGCAGUUCAUGAAUAGAAAGGAAACAUAAAAGACAA